AUGUAUCACACGCAGUGGUCGCGGAGGGUGUCGUCCCGUCGCGGAGCCGGUGCUCCGGUUUACGUCUACAUCAUGGCGUUACAAGCGCUCCAGCAAUUCUUCCAGCAGCCGUAUUCUCCGCCGGUCACCCUAGGGCUCAUCGCGUUGAUGGCGGGAAUCCAUUUUCGACCCGCAGGGUUUCUGGAGGAUAGUCUUCCGUACGUGUCGGAGAUUUGCAUGAAUCCAGCUCUCGUCGUCCAGGAGCGCAACUGGCGGCGGCUGUUACUGAGCGUGCUGUUCCACGCGGACGACGCGCAUCUGAUCUUCAACAUGGUCUCGCUCCUCUGGAAGGGCGUGCACCUCGAGCGCCGCCUCGGCUCGCCGCGCUUCGCGGCCCUCGUGGCUGCCUUCGCGCUCCUCUCUCAGUCCCUGCACGUCGCUGCUGCGCGCCUGCUGUCUGACGUGCUCGCGGUGCACACGCCGUUCUACAGGGAAUGCUCCGUGGGGUUCUCAGGGGUACUCUUUGCUCUUAAAACCGUCAUGAACGCGGAUUCGCCCGCUUACUCGUCUGUGUAUGGGUUUGUGCUGCCCACUAAGUACGCAGCAUGGGCAGAGCUGCUGCUGAUUCAGCUGCUGGUUCCGGAAGCUUCUUUCCUAGGGCACCUGUGUGGGAUCCUCUCUGGGCUGAUCUACCUCCAUGGCCCUUCCCUCCUGCCGCGCUCUGCUCGUCCCUCCGCCUUGCUGUCCAUGCUCGCUGCUCCGCUGCUCACGCUCUUCCCGUUUCUGCGCAGCUCAAGAGGGCGCACUUGGGGGUCUGGGCAGUCGGGGCAGGCUGACAGGGGGGGAGCAGCUGGAGCGGCGGGCCGGGGACGGAGCGCAGGAGGAACAGGAGGAAGAGGUGGAGGAGGAGGUGGGAGGGAAGCGGCAUCAGCAGCAGGAGGGAGAGAUGUGGGGGGAGGAAUGAUAGGUGGGUAUGGAAGGGACACUGCACCUUCUUUUCCAGAUGGGGGGGAAGAGGAGAGUGGAAUAGAUGAGCAGCAGCAAGCACAGACAUCACAAAGGUUGCAAGGGCAUGCCACUUCUGCAGAACAGCUGAGAGCUUUGAGACUACAAAGGUUUGCUAGGUGA